ACAAAGCGAGUCGUGCAAAACCAGGAGAGGAAGAGGAAGUUGCAGCUCUUCAGUACAUCCGUGCUCUAAAACUCAUGUGUCUAAAAUAGAUUUUCUGUUUCUGUUGUACCAGAAUUGAUAAAGUUAUUUUCACGAAGCCAGUGGAAACGUACAAAUGGACGAGAGGCUAGUCAGAGCCAAAAUCCCAACUGAGCUGGAGAAGGUUUUGGGUGUUGAGUCUCAGCCAAAGUCAAAGGCAGAGGCUUUCGUCCAGGCUUUCCUGCAAAGCAGCACCCGGCAGGACACAAACAGCCUGAACACUCACAAGGCUGUUAUCCUGGGCUACGCCAGGCCCAAGAAGAAGAAGAGCCAGAACAGCAAGAAAGCCAGAGGGCUCAAUGCCAGGCAGAAAAGGGAAAUGAAGGUUUUCCAAAUCAAGCCGGAACACCAGAGAUAUGAACUUUUCCUGCCCCUGCACAACCUGUGGAGACAAUACAUCAUCGACCUGUGCAACGGACUGAAGCCAUCAAGCAAUCCACAGCUCGUUCAGCAGAAGCUCUUGAAGGCAGACUUCCACGGUGCCAUUAUCACAGUGGUUCGCUCCAAAUGUCCGUCAUACGUGGGAACGACAGGGAUCCUGGUCCAGGAGUUCAAACACGUCUUCAAAAUCAUCACCAAAGAGGACAGACUGAAAGUAAUCCCCAAGAGGAACAGCGUGUUCGCCGUGGAAAUCAACGGCUUUGUCUCCUACAUCUACGGGAGCAAGUUUGAACAGCGCGCCAGCGAACGGUCCGCCAAGAAGUUUAAAGUCAAAGGAACCAUCGACUUGUGACGACAGACGGGCUUCAGCCUCAGAGCGUUGGUGGACUGUCACCUUGAUGCUGAUGUGUCGACAGCUGGGAGGAUCUGCUGGGUGGAGCUCCUGGUGGCUUGUGAUACACACACAGUCACUUUUCAGUGUUGACAGGGUGUAAGCUCGUGAAUUAGCAGAGCGCCAACAGAAACGUCUUGCAGAGGGUCAAUCCUGCACAUCUGCACGCUAAAUACUCUGACAGUAAAUAGGCCUGAUUAGAUACAGAUGUAAAUUAUGGAUUGGAUAUCGGACUGACGUUACUGAUCUGCACACCGUUACGCGUUAGACAUACAAACACGCACACACACACUGCCUUCUGUAGUGUUUCUAUGUUUCUGUAGUUAUCUAUCACUGCUGCCUCCACAACAGACUGUUAGCCAGGCUGGUGAACACAGAGGGUUUCUUCUUCUGCAGGCAAGUGCAGUCAAGGCAAAGCAGUGUUUUGUUUUAUGAUUAUUUAUUUAUUAUUUUUUUAUACACUCAGUGUCACUUUCUCAGCUCCAGCUGUCCAGUCUGAUGCAGCUCAGCAGCUCUGCCAUAAUUUCUACCUUUUAACA